AAAUUAGAUUUGUUACUUUCAAUGCAUCUUACCACAGUAACCAUAGACACAGACUGUAACUACAACACAACUAUAAUAAGAUAACAUCAGCUAAACAAUAACCUACAAAACAUUUUGGAUUGUUGUUUGUACUGCCCUGCAGAUGUUUCUAAACACAGUGACAAUGAAUGAAAACGUCAAAGUGUGUGAAGACACCAUGCAGGUUCCAGUGAAGAUAGAGUACGAGCUGGGAGAGCAGACAGAGCAACACCUCAGGGAAAUGGGUGUCCACUGUGUGGGGGAAACCUUAGACGUAGAGUACUACUACGAUACUGACAGCUUCCAACUGGCUUCUACACAGACCUGGUUGAAUCGGCAUAAUGACCAGUGGGGACUGAUCCUGGCAGAAGAACAAGAGCUUAAUCACGCUCAAUCAGACGACACCAAGAAGUCAGAAGUUGAACAUUUUGAAGAAAAGAAAAGCAAAAUACUCAUUUCAUCACCUGAAGAAAGAUCAGCAAUAGGUGCAGGCUUAAUAGAAACAUCAAGCAAUGAGCAUCCUGAAAAGAAAAUGUGCAAACGCCAAGUUCAGAGAACAUCCUCGGAUACGUCUCCAACAUACACAGAACUAAGUGACCCGCACGCCAUCAUGUUGCAUCUCUCAAAGUGUCUCCAACUCCCUCUGACCCACAAUAAAAUUCAAAGCAUGACCAUGAAGAACUUCUUGAAAAUGGCCCAGAUCCAGAUGUAUGAAAGCUGGACCAGGACCAGCACAGUGAAGUACUCUCUGCCUGGUGGCUUCUCACUGGUGGUGGAGAGAAACUACAGAAUUCCCACUGAAACUCCUUCUGCAUUUUUGAUGAUGAAUGCUGAUGUGCUCAGCAUAAGCAGUGAGCUGGAAAAGAUGGACCGACUGUGCAAAGAACUAGGCUUAAAACCAAAGGCAAGAUCAUUACAAACUAUUGUUGAAGCCUGUAGUGGUCAUGUGGACAUCUAUUCAUAAAUUCUCUGUCUUGUUUUUACUUUCUAAACAAUAAAAUUGGCAAAAACAUAAUUUUAAGUAAGUUAUACUAACUUACUUAAAUAUUGUAAAGGGUUACCACAGUGAUCUUAUAAUGACCAGGCCAACAUUUUUUUUUACAUCUAUAUAAUAAAUCUAUAUCUAUACAUAU